CCACUAAAUAGCAACCCUGAAAUAAACCACGUUUUAAAUAUUCACGUAGGUCUAAUAUUUACGUGACUUGUUUGACUCACCCCUGACAGGUCUCAAAAGGGUUUAAAAACACUUCAGAUUCUGACGUUUCGGUAGCGGCCUUGUUUUAUCGUCAUCACUUCCUUAUCGCUUUUUCUACUUACCUGAGAGCGCGAGCCGCACAAGUUUCCGCCUCUCUUGCGCCCGUCCACGCCUCCCAUUGGCCCCCCGGGGGAGUGACGUCAGGGCCGCCCCUGCAGUGUGAAUGAAUCAAGCGGUUUGUGUGACACACAGCGAAAGAACGCACGAGCCCGAACUCACGCGCGAGCGCCCGACUAUUUCACGAGGAUAACCACAGGAGCGAGGACUGUAAAAGGACACUAUCCGGGGAGACAAAUUAUUUAAUGCACCUCUGAGAUUCUCAGACCUCCGCGAGCGUGUGCAUGUGCGCGUUUUAUCAGACUGGAUGAAAAUGAUGCAAAGUGCGGCUGUGUUGCCCGGCGAGAGCGCGGUGAAGGGUCUGCCGGACAUCCUCGGAGUGCCACUGCAACAGAUCCCCCAGUGCGCAGGCUGCAGUCAACACAUCCUGGAUAAGUUUAUUCUGAAGGUGCUGGAUCGUCAUUGGCACUCAAAAUGUCUCAAGUGCGCCGACUGUCACGCGCUCCUGGCAGACAAGUGUUUCUCUCGCGCUGGGAAUGUCUACUGCAAAGAGGAUUUCUUUAAGCGUUUCGGGACAAAAUGUGCAUCGUGCCAGCAGGGGAUUCCCCCGACGCAGGUGGUCCGGAAAGCUCAGGACUUUGUGUACCACCUUCACUGCUUCGCCUGUGUAAUGUGCAGCAGACAGCUGGCCACUGGGGACGAGUUCUACCUCAUGGAGGACGGGAGGCUCGUGUGCAAGGAGGACUACGAAACAGCCAAACAAAAUGAUGAUUCAGAGACAGGAGCAAAACGUCCACGGACCACCAUUACAGCCAAACAGCUGGAGACACUCAAAAGCGCCUACAAGAACUCGCCUAAGCCAGCACGACACGUGCGCGAGCAGCUCUCCUCAGAAACAGGCCUAGACAUGAGAGUGGUGCAGGUGUGGUUUCAAAACAGACGAGCAAAAGAGAAACGGCUGAAGAAAGACGCUGGUCGGCACCGCUGGGGUCAGUUCUACAAAAGUGUCAAACGCAACCGAGGGUCCAGUAAGACGGAGAAGGAGAGCUCAGCCGAUGACGCAGGACUCAGCGACAGUGAGCUUAGUUUCAGAGAAGACCAGAUCCUGUCAGACCUGGGUCACGCCAACAGCUUGUAUGGAAGCAUUGGAGACGUCUCGAACGGGAACAUGCUCAACGGGAGCUUCUCCCUGGAGGGGGGCGGGCAGCCUUACCAUGACCUGCGGGCAGGAAGUCCCUACGGCCUGCCACAGUCGCCCUCAUCCAUCACUUCCCUCCCUGGCCACACCCCGCUGCUCAACAACUUAGGCUUCAGCAUGGACGGCAUCAUGGGUCAGGGCGGCCAGCCCAAUGUAGGUCAAGCUCUGAGAGCAAUGGCUGGAGGACCCACCUCUGACCUGUCGACAGGAAGUAGCACGGGCUACCCAGACUUCCCCACUAGCCCUGCCUCAUGGCUCGAUGAAAUGGACCACUCCCAGUUCUGAGGUCAAAUGUCAAAAUGGAAAGUGCGGUACUAUGGACGUUUGAAGAUUUUAUAGACAUCUUUCCCAGAACUGUGGCGAAAUGUUUAUGUGGCAAGGGUAUUUGGUAGGCCUAAAAUGGCAGCUACUUCAACCUUGCUGAAUGGCGUGCUGAUACGAGCAACCCAUCGUGGAAUGUCUGCGCUGUAUCAUAAUUUUGUUACUCGUAUUUUUUCAUUGUUCUCAAAACUGGAUUGGACGAUUUCCAGCAUGAAAUGGCGUGCGGCUGAGAAUGGCGUUCAAACCCCAGACCACCCUGGAAAAACAAUCACGAUCCACCACUUUCUGAGAACAAGAGGGCCCAUGCAUGUUUCCGAAUGAGGAAGAGAACCGCCCACGUUCAAAAUGGCGACGCACUUUAUGUUCCUCCUCGACUGCACACAGCAGGCUGAAUACGGUAAAGAGAGGAGUGCACCGAGCAAGGAGAGAUAUUUAAACAAGUGGCACAAGUGUAUCUUUCCUACUUACAAGGGUUUGGGAUUUUAAUAGUUGAAACUUUCUAAACGGCUCUACUAGAAGUGGCCCUUCACGUUAGGUCUGAAGAAUAGAUAAAGAUUAUUUUUUAAUAAGGACGAAUCCGCAUGCACUGCUCUGAAUUUUCAAAAAAUCUCUGUGUCAAUGGUCCCUGUCUGUUCAACACUUUUCCGUUAAAUUCAGGCAUCCUGGAUAAGCAAUGAAACAAAACAAGCUGGUUAAAAGUUUCAAAUAAAAGUUCAUAU